GCAGAAGACUGCAGUUGCGCAGCUCCAUGCAGACAAUAGACGUGGAAGCUGAGACACAAAGGCAUUGCAACGGAUGAUGCUAUAGAUGUUUAAAUCUGCUGAUGCUGUCACAUUCAUGUUGGGAGGAGCAUAGACCACGUUUACCCUGAUGCUCUAAUGGUUGAGAGUAUGACGUCACCCUCCAAGGGCUGUGGGAACGGGCCAGGAGUUACCUCUCAAGUCAUUGACAAAAGUGUUUCAAGAACUCCUCGAGACAGCUGUCACAAUGGAGCUCUUGAUAACAAAGACGACUCCCAGGAGGAUCAGAGCCCCUCCAAGUCAUCGAACCUAUUCACCAGCCUCAAACAGCAGUCCACCCUUAAUAGUGAGAGGCCCCGUUCAAUGAUAGGCAUGGGCAACUCAUCAACAUGGAAUGCUCUGUCGUCUUUGAGGAAGAUGGGUUCAUUCAAAAAGCUGAAAUCCUCUGUUCUGCAGGGGAUUCAGGCAAAAGAAAAUGCUAAUAAUCUAAGUGACGUGGAAAGUGGUGGUGAUAUGCAGAAACGCCUGUCUUCUGAUGGAGUAACAAGUUGUCAAACUUCCUGUAGGAUACCAGUCUCGAGAUCCAUGCAGGAUUAUUUUAAUGUGACGGAUGGCUUGCAGUCUGAUGGGUCUGAUGUUGAGCAGUCUGAUGACACUUUUUUGAGGAGCACCCAUCGAUCACGUAGUAUCAGGCGAGCCUAUGGAGCUGGUCGAAUCAACUUAUUGGAUAACGACAACGUCCAUGUACCGCACAGUCCACUUCGACUGUCACCUAUUGGGCUAGAAGGAAACGUCUGUGAAAUUAUUGUGAAAAACUCGGACAGCAACAAAGUUAUUUACAGAAGGAGUAAAAGUACGGACAACCUCAACUUCCUCAAAAAGAGUUCUUUCAAAAGGAAAUCUACCUCUAAUCUUACAGAUAUCAAAUCUAGCAGUGAAAAGGACAUGAUCCAGAAAAGCACGCUAAAUACGUCCACAGAUGCCAAUAAUCUCUCCGGAACUCCAGAGAGACGAUCCAAGCGGUGGAGAAGUCCAAUCAGGGCAAAGGACUUUGACAGAGUGUUAAAAAUCAUGACCAAUGUUACAGAGGGUAAUUGGAGAAAAGAUGGUAGCAAAUGCAGCUCUCCCACCAAUGAAGAUACUCGCCAAAGUCGGCCAAACAGCCGAUUACAUGAUGAUUAUUCCAGGAGAGUUUCCAGUAGCACGGACACAGAAAGGAGGAGAUGUAUAUUUGGUCCACAUUCCCCCUCAUCUGAAUCAAAUUUGUCUCCAAGUUCCCCUAGGAGUCAAGUGCGCAGCCCAUCUUUUGAUCUGAAUACACUACCGACUGACAUCAAAUUGUCAUCUUCUGAAGGCCUCUCUGUUGAGCCAUGUAGCCUCUCUCCUUCCAGUAGUAGCUUGAGCCAGUUGGCCAGUGAAGUCUUCUACUCUGAUUCAGAGGAACCUAGACAUAUCCCGCAUUCUGCAUCAGACUUUGGAAUUCUAGGAACUCCUGUGAGACCCACUGCUCCAAAGCCACAGAGCCCAAGUUCUGAACUCUACAAACCCAAUUCAGCUAACCUUUGUACUAAUCACCACAGCACUUUAUCACUGAGCUCUAUGGAAAGUGAUGAGAGGGCAGAACCCGGUACCAUAAAAGCUGAGAGGAGCCCACAUUUGUUUAAGGAUACCAUUAAACAUACUUACUAUGAUGAUGGGAAUGAGGAUAGUGGAAUUAGUAGCCACUCUCAGCUGAGUCUCAACGUGGUUAAUGAAGAAAAACAAGAAGAGGUUACUACAGAAAAUUCCUGGACAACAUCUCCAUCACAUGAUGAGGAAAAGACAGAAUCCCAGAAUGUGGCUUCUCGGAAACGGACGUCAGGAAAAAGCCGGUGCCGGCAAAGGCCACUUUCAGACUAUGGCCAGGUGGCCAGUCGUAGUUUCUCCAUCCCAGAAGACUCUGUUCCUAUGGACUGUCAAGAAAAUAGCAACAUUAACCGUAAUUCUCCUUCAAGGUCUUUUAGUGAAGAGCCAAAGGUUCAUAAGGCUAAAGCUGAGUUCCACACAAAUUGUAAAAGAAGGCCCAUCUCUGUGAUUGGUGGGGUCAACUUUUAUGGAACCAGCGAAGAUGAAGAAAAUGGACAUUUGCUUCAACAACCAGUACCAAGGCCUCCUGUACCGUCCCAUAAAGUGCCACCAUACAAGGCAGUCUCUGCUCGAUUGCGACCAUUUGCCUUUUCACAAAGCACACCAAUUGGUCUAGAUAGAGUUGGACGCAAGCGGAAUAUAAGAGUUUCCAACAUCUCUACAGAUGGAGGAGCAGAAUCUACCACUUUGGUUGAUGAUAAUGGAAGUGAGGAAGAAUACAGCUAUGAAGAACCCUACCAGGCCAAUCCAAGGUAUCUGCAGCAGGGAGGAGAACAGCUGGCCAUUAAUGAGUUGAUCAGCGAUGGCAGUGCAGUGUAUGCAGAGGCAUUAUGGGACCACGUGACCAUGGAUGAUCAAGAGUUGGCCUUUAAAGCAGGAGAUGUUAUACGAGUCCUUGAGGCUUCCAAUAAGGACUGGUGGUGGGGUCGGAUUCGAGACACAGAGGCCUGGUUUCCAGCAAGUUUUGUCAGGCUGCGAGUAAAUCAAGAAGAUGUUUCAGAAAAUUCAGGCAGUCUACAUGAUGAAGAACAUGACACUGAUAUUGGCAAAUUUCGCCUUAAGAGUCCUGAAAACAAGGACCAAAUGAGAACAAACGUCAUCCGUGAGAUAAUGAACACUGAGAGGGUCUACAUCAAACAUUUGAAAGACAUCUGUGAGGGCUACAUCAAGCAGUGUCGAAAACACACCAGCAUGUUUACUGAAGGGCAGCUCAAGACCAUUUUUGGUAACAUUGAAGAAGUCUACACAUUCCAGAAGGCAUUCUACAAGAAUCUAGAAAAACAGUACAACAAAGAGGAACCUCAUCUAAGUGAAGUUGGUGCUUGUUUCCUAGAACAUCAAGAAGGGUUUUCAGUCUACUCUGAGUACUGUAACAAUCACCCCAGUGCCUACCUGGAGCUCUCCAAUCUCAUGAAGCAAAGCAAGUACAGACACUUCUUCGAGGCUUGCCGACUUUUGCAGCAAAUGAUCAAUAUAGCCAUUGACGGUUUCCUGCUGACUCCAGUCCAGAAGAUCUGCAAAUACCCACUGCAGCUAGCCGAGCUACUGAAAUACACAACCUACGAUCACAGGGAUUACAGUAAAAUAAAAGAAGCUUAUGAAGCCAUGAAAAAUGUUGCCUGUUUAAUUAACGAGCGGAAACGGCGGCUGGAGAGCAUAGACAAGAUCGCCUGCUGGCAGGUCUCCAUAGUGGGGUGGGAGGGACAAGACAUUCUGGCCAGAAGCUCAGAGCUCAUUCAUUCAGGAGACCUGACAAAGAUUUUAAAACAAGGAAAGAGCCAGCAAAGGACUUUUUUUCUUUUUGACCACCAACUGGUCUUCUGCAAGAAGGACUUGCUACGCAGAGACAUUUUGUACUACAAGGGCCGCAUAGACAUGGACGAGAUGGAGUCCACUGACGUUGAGGAUGGGAAGGACAGGGACUUCAAUCUGAACAUUAAAAAUGCUUUUAAGAUGGUGAAUAAAGAGACUGAAGAAAUUCAUUUAUUUUGUGCUAAGAAGCCAGAGGACAAACAGAGCUGGCUGCAAGCGUUUCUGGAUGAGAGAAAGCGAGUCCAAGACGACAAAGCUAUGGGAAUGGAAAUUACAGAAGACCAGAAAAAACAGGCGUUGUGCAAUGCAAAGAGGUCAAGACAAGGAAAGAUGAAAGGUGUUACUUACAAUGGACUCCCCCCCCACCAGAACUUACAUCCCAUCCACCAGCGACACAUCACUGUGCCCACCAGCAUUCCCCAGCAGCAGGUCUUUGCACUGGCAGAGCCCAAGAGAAAGACGUCUCCGUUCUGGAACACAAUCACUAAACUCGCCCCCUUCAAGAAGUGAGGUGCUCCAAGCCCCAUCAUGAAGGAGGACUGUAUUCCUGAGUUCUUGAAGGACCUUCCAGUAUUUUUGGAGAUAUAUCUGAUGACACUGUGGGUUAUAUGAAGAAAUUGACAAUUAUGUGAAAUACCGGGGGAAGUGAUCCCUUGUGCAGCGUGCUCUGUCAAUAAGGACGCCACCUUGGGGACUACUUGCUAUU